GUCAAUUACAAAAUAUAACCUCAAAAUAGGGAAACAAAACAAAUCAUAAAAAAAAAUCAUCUAAUAUUUCGAAAUGGAUGAAAAACAAAAAACGUUGAUAUGCGGCGAUGUAAAUGGAAACUUUAAAGCUUUAUUUUCUCGUGUGGAAUCGAUCAUCAAGAAAUCAGGACAGUUUGAUGUCUUACUAUGUGUGGGAAACUUUUUUGGCGAUGAUAAUUCAGAGCUGGAUGCUUAUAAGAUGGGCACUCGGAAAGUACCAGUAACCACAUAUGUUUUUGGGCCAUCCAACCCUGAACAUGUGCCUCUGUACUGCGAGGAAGGAUCUGAAAUUGUGCCAAAUGUGAUUUAUAUGGGAAAAAGAGGGAUAUUUACAACUAGUGCUGAUGUUAAAAUAGCAUAUCUAACUGGUUUGUCUCGGAGGGAACUUGGUAAAGAGCUCCCCAUGUGCACUUUUGAACCAAGUGACUGCAGUGCAGUGAGGGAUGCAUGUUUUAGAGGACAGAGCGAGUAUAGAGGGGUGGAUAUGUUGAUUACUACUCUCUGGCCUGCUGGAAUACAACAGGAUGAAACACAAAAGAUAGAUGUAGAUGAAGAGAGGUUAUCAAACUUGCUUUCUUGGCUUGCCAUCCAUAUAAAACCGAGGUACCAUUUUGUACCUUCACCUGACAAACAUUACGAAAGACAACCUUACAGGAACCUCUCCACUCAUCAAGACUACAGAGAAUGCGCCACAAGGUUCAUAGCGUUAGCUCCAGUCGGCAAUAAGGUCAAAGAGAAGUGGAUCUACGCAUGCUCCUUGCAACCAAUCUCCAAGAUGAGAGUCACAGAUCUGUUGCAAGGGACCACUGAUGAAACCGUAUGCCCAUAUGAUCCGGACCUGUUGAUGCAACAUCAACCUGGAAAAGUUGUGAAGUUUAGUGGUAAUGGACAGUACUUCUUCAGUACGGAUGGACCGGAAGAUGACAGUGGCAAGAGAAAACGAAGGGAUAGAGAUGACAACCCAGAGAGGAAGAAGUUUGAUCCAGAAACAUGCUGGUUCUGCCUAUCUUCUCCAUCGGUGGAGAAACAUUUAGUAAUAAGUGUGGGCAGUCAUUGUUACCUAGCGCUGGCGAAGGGGCCGUUGACCCCAUACCAUGUACUUAUCCUGCCUAUAGCACAUCACCAGUCUUUGGUUAAGGUACCAGACGAAAUUUCAGAAGAGAUAAAGAAAUUCAAGGCGGUGCUGAAGCAGUUUUACGCUUCAAUGGGCAUGCUGGUUGUGUUCUUCGAGCGCAACUACCGUACCUCACACAUGCAGAUACAGUCUGUACCGGUGCCCAAGAUCUGUGAGUCGCAGAUACUGGAAAUAUUCCAGGACGAGGCAGGUAUAAACAAGAUCCCGCUAGAAGUGCUCCCGCCAUACACUGACAUACGGCAGAUGAUGUUGCCAGGCGCGCCAUACUUCCACGCCGAGCUGCCCAACGGAGACCAGAUAUUCGCCAAGCCGAAGCAGAACUUCCCUAUACAUUUCGGAAGGGACGUAUUAUCAACCCCACAAAUCCUGAAUUGCGAAGACAAGGCUGACUGGCGACAGUGUUUGAUCUCCAAAGAGGAGGAAAUAGAAUACGUGAAGGAUUUCAGAGAUAAGUUCCGACCCUUUGACUUCACCGCUGAUGCUGAUAGCGACAGCGAUUAGUU